AGACAACAACGUUAUUCCCUUUGCCUCCUUCAGACAAGAUCUUCAAUCUUUUAGCCUUCCACAAAACCAUGUCUGUCUUAGCUCCAAAAAUACCCUCCACCCCAAUGGCCAACCCUAGGCUUCAAACUCACAAGGACGAGUUGAGUUUGAAAAACUUGUCCGACGAAGUCGUUGCAGGUCAUAUAUAUUCUAAGCACCGUGACGAUGAUACCGUCAAAAUCGAUGUCAAUAACUACAUUUCGUUUCUCGAAAGUAUUUUUGCCAAUGUUGAUCAAAUCCACCAAGCUUCUUUUCAAGGCCAUGAUGGACGUGUGAUAUUCUCCGAAGAUUCAUAUAAAGCCAAUGUGACAAUUGAUCCACCGCUUGAUAUUCUUCAGAAAAUUUCUAUCAAGUUGGUGUUCAAGGGUCCGGGGAUAGAGAUAGCUCACCGAACCACUCUUGAGAUACUCGACAUACUAAUGAGCUAUCCAUGGGAAGCAAAGGCAAUUCUAUGUCUAGUAGCAUUUGGCAGUGAUUAUGGACAUCUAUGGCACCUCAACCAUCAUUCCCAUAUCGACCCACUUGCAAAAACCUUAGCAAACAUCCACCAAUCCGCAUCAUUGAAAAAACACUUAGACUCCUUCAAGUAUCGCCAAGUGGUUUUCAGCUCAAGAAGUCUCAUUUUCUUGUGCCUUCAAGUCAUCAAACUCAUGAACCAAAUAAGACUCUUCUCCAAAUUUGAUACCAAGGAGAUUCCCGAGCUGGCUUCUGCCCUUCGUCAAAUCCCUCUUUUUACUUAUUGGGUUAUACACACAAUCGUUGCUUCCACCGCUGAAAUCUCAAGCUAUCUCACAAAUACCGAGGGCCAAUCACAAAUUUACUUGAAUGAAUUGAAUGAGAGGCUUAAUGCUAUCCUCAACAUACUUGGAGAUUAUUUGAAUAUUUUUCAAGAACAGCUAGGGGAGAUUAAUCUAUUUAGGUGGCUUAUUGAUCAUAUUGAUCUGUUUCCUACUGAAAUAACGUUAGUUGUGUCUAAGCUGCUUGAAGGCAAGGUUAAUGCUAAGCCUUUGAUAAAUUGUUCCACUCUCAUGGAGGAAAAAAUCGAAGAUGCAUUGAGAGAGAAGAACGUAAUAUUACUUAUUUCUGGAUUGGAAAUUUCAAAUGAUGACAUUCGAGCUCUGAACUUAUUGUACGAUGAGUUGAAAAGAGAAGAUAAUUACAAGAUCGUAUGGAUUCCUAUGAUCAAUCCCCAAAGUAAUGAUGAAGAAGCUCGUAAAAAAUACGAGCUGGUGAGGUCAACAAUGAAAUGGUAUGCGGUGCAAUAUACCACAAAAAUUGCUGGAUUAAGAUUCUUAGAAGAAAUUUGGCAAGUUAGAGAGGAUGCUUUAAUGGUUGUUCUUGACUCAAAAUCAAAGGUGAAAUUUUCAAAUGCAAUUCACUUGCUUCGUGUUUGGGGAAACAAUGCCAUUCCCUUUACAGUUGAGAGAGCAAAUGCUUUAUUGAGGAAGAAUUGGCCUGAAUCAACCAUUGUGAAGUUCAUCAACCAACCAAGAUUACAAAGCUGGAUUGAUCAAGAAAGGAGUAUCAUAUUCUAUGGAGGAAAAGAUCAAGAUUGGAUCCAACGAUUUGAAGAGAAAGUGGUGGACAUAAAGAACGAUAGAUCAAUGAGAGACAAUGGAAUAAAUUUCGAAAUUGUUCGUAUAGGAAACAAUAUAGACAACAAUAAUGCUGCAUUCAUGUCUCGUUUUUGGAUCACACAAUGGGGAUUUUUUAUAGUCAAAAGUCAAUUGAGUGGGUCAAGUGCGAGUGAAACUACAGAAGACAUCCUACGAUUGAUUUCUUACGAAAAUGAAAACGGUUGGGCUGUUCUUACGGUUGGGUCAGCGCCUUUGCUUGUGGGUCGUGGAAACCUGAUUGUUAGAGUGUUUGAAGAUUUUAAGCGAUGGAAAAAGAAUUUGAACCUAAAGGGUUUCCCGAAUGCUUUCCAUGAUUAUUUCAAUGAGAUGGCUCUCCAGACUCAUCAGUGUGAGCGAGUGACUCUUCCAGGGUUUAGUGGGUGGAUUCCUAUGAUUGUUAAUUGCCCUGAGUGUCCUCGCUUCAUGGAGACGGGUAUUAAUUUCAACUGCUGCCAUGGACGUAAUCCUAACAAUUGAGAAGCUUGGAUCCCGAAACGGUUCCACCAAUUAACUAUAUAUACUACUCAAUAAUAGGGUUAAUCCCUUUGUUGCAUCUCAUGUAUGCCUAUUAGGGCACAUGGUUUUACCAUAUCAAAAUCUUGAAAUUUUCUAUUAUUACCAUGCAUAUGCUACUAAAUAUUGAAGCCAUUUGGCCCUUUUUCGUUGCUUCAAAGUCUUCUAUGUAUGUUACUGAUUCGAAUAAUAUCAACUUUACUUUAUGA